AUGGGAGACCCACCAAAAAAAAAAUGCCUGAUUUCCCUAUGUGUUGGUUGCAACAAUCAAAUUCACGAUCAGUAUAUUCUGAGGGUUUCUCCGGAUUUCAAAUGGCAUGCGGCGUGUUUGAAGUGUGCAGAGUGUAAUCAAUAUUUGGACAAGACCUGUACGUGCUUUGUUAGGGAUGGCAAAACCAACUGUAAAAGAGAUUAUAUCAGGUUAUACGGCAUCAAGUGCGCCAAGUGCAGCAUCGGCUUCAGCAAGAAUGACUUAGUGAUGCAUGCCCACGCCAAGUGUUUCCACUGUGUGGCCUGCAGCCGCCAGCUCAGACUCAGAGGAUACAGGAGUUUCGAUAGAUCUGACUGCUUGAAUGGCCUUCGAAAGAAGGUUCAUCACCCACCCCACCCCCGCCUCCCCCUGUCCCACCAGCUUAGAUUCAGAGCCUCUGCAGACUCCCUGCUUCCUACUCACGGGGAUCCUGUUCCUCCCUUCCCUUCCCUUACAGCAGAACCUAUCUCUGCCAGACAGCCGGCUCUGCGACCCCACGUCCACAAGCAGCCCGAGAAGACCACCCGAGUCCGGACGGUCCUUAAUGAAAAACAGCUUCACACCUUGAGGACCUGCUACGCUGCCAACCCCAGACCUGACGCCCUCAUGAAAGAGCAACUGGUAGAAAUGACUGGCCUCAGCCCGAGGGUCAUCAGGGUUUGGUUUCAAAACAAGCGGUGCAAGGACAAAAAAAGGAGCAUUAUGAUGAAGCAACUUCAGCAACAGCAACCCAAUGACAAAACUAAUAUCCAAGGGAUGACAGGAACUCCCAUGGUGGCUGCUAGUUUUGAGAGACCUGACGGUGGUUUACAGGUGAACCCGGUGGAGGUGCAGAGUUACCAGCCGCCCUGGAAAGUACCGAGUGCCUUCAAAUUGCAGACUGACAUAGAUCAACCUGCUUUUCAGCAACUAGUAAGUGUCGCUUCCCAGCCGGAGCAAGCCAACGUGAUCAGAGGCUUGGUACGACGCUUCGGGGAGCGGGAGGGAGAAAGGGUGUAA